UUGUGCCAACUGUGGGAGAUUUGACUGCCUCGCAACUGAACGACACCGCAAUUCAAGUGAGCUGGACUAAACCAAGUCCUGCCGAUAAAUUCAAAGACGAGUACCACGUUACCAUAUUGGGUCCAGACUUCAAGAAGACCUAUACAACGAAGGACACAUGGAUCAUCGCUAGCGGCUUGGACACUUCUAAAAUUACCAAGAUCAUCGUACAAAGUGUUUGGGCCAAUGGCACAAAGGUUCCCGAUGUCGUAGUCGCUCCCGUGCGAAGGCCGUCUUAUGAGCCAUGGGGACAACAGUAUCUGCUCACCAUCUUCAAUAAGACUUACACCAAGAGCUAUAAGCUACCGAAGACAGAGGAAACAAUAUCCGACCUGCAGCCCUCUUCCAUUUACAAUUUCACCCUCCAGGCUCUUGACAAGAAUGGCCAGCCUUUCCCCGUUACAGCAAUAAUUACCGCUCAAAUGCCAGCCUGUGAAAUUCCAAUUCCAGAAGAUGUCACCGCCAUGCUAGUGAGCCCAACUACAAUCCAUGUGAAAUGGACGGCCCCAACUAUAUCACAGCCAUGGGGGAAUAAGUACCUGCUCACUAUCAACAAUAGCACCUACACCAAGAGCUAUAAGGUGGUGACUACAGAGGCGACAAUAUCCAACCUGCAGCCAUCUGGCGUUUACAAUUUCACCCUCCAGGCUCUUGACAAGAGUGACAAGCCUUUCCCCGCUAAAGUAUUCGGUUCCUUACAAAUGCCAGCUGGUGACAUGCCGAUGCCAAGAGACCUGACUGCUUCCGCUGUGAAUCCCACAACAAUUCGUGUGUCUUGGAAGCCACCAACUGAUUCAAGUCAGUGCGGUGACAAGUAUCAGGUCAUCGUCCGCAAUGAAACAUAUCAGGACAAGGCUAUGGUGACAAAGCCAGAAUACAUACUACCCAAUAUGAAUCCAUAUUCAGUUUAUAAUUUCACUGUACAGACUACGGACAAGGCUGGAAAACCUUUCCCCGCCUCAGCAUCCAUUACCGUGAAAAUG